AAAUCGGAUUGCCCGCACUUAGGCGUACCGUGGGAUGAAUAGUAUGUAUACGUUCAUAUGACGUCCAUGCAUACAGCUCUAUUUACUCAUAAACCUAUUUAACCUCCAAAACCUUAAAAAAAUGAUCGAGUAGCUUUGGAGUACGAUUUCGGAUAGUGACACUUUGGAAAGAAAGAAUCAUCAUGGAUGUAGACUUGCUGCGUCCAGGAACCGUUCCUAUUUCCCCCGACACGAUAUUGUGGUUUGAAUUUCUCUUGAAUCCAUCUUUACUGUACGAAUAUCUCUCCAAGCCCUUGCCAGACCCAUCUCCCACGGAUUUGAUGAUAAAAUUCAUGACGAUAAAUUUUGAACAGCGAGAGAAUGACGUCAAGGCAAUAGAAGCUGAUCCGAACGAGCCAAAGCAAAGUACUCCACACAAAUGGUCGCUCAAAAAUUUAGCCCUAAAAAUCCUUUCUCUAAAAGUAGCUGCGUAUUUGAAAUGGGACUUGGAUACACUAGAGACGAAAUUACCAUUACCUCUGCAGAUAUCACUUCUACAGGACCUAUUUUACAUAGCAACAGACAACGUUGUUGAGAUUCCUAUGAUACCAGACUUUUCUAGAGAUGCAAUGAUUGAUCAGGUCUUGUUCACCGUUGUUCUUUACUACAGGUGGCAUCUUAGAGCCAUUGUUUACAAAUCACUUAAUAAUAGGCAGGCCAAGCAACCAUUUAUUCACAUUCCUGGGAUACAAGAAACAACUUAUAUUCCACCGGGACUAACUGAUGAUAUAAUAAGAAAGCUGGAGACCUAUCUUCCUAAUACAAUUAAUGCUUUAAAUGAAAUUCUAGAAUUGAAUGACAUGAAACCUAAAGUAUUGUCGUUUGAGACUUUUGUUAUGUUAACUGAGGAUAGCACAGAAUGUAAACAAAACUGGGAGAAUAUGUACAGUAUAAGUGCAGAUGAAUUCAAGUGUCAGAUUCACUAUGAUCUUGCAGUAUUCUACUUAUUGAGGGAAGAUUACCAAAGUGCAAAGCGUCAUGUGGCUGGUGCGCAAGAGCUUUUUAGGAAAUUUGAUACAUCGAGACCAUUGAUAUAUUGUACAAUUAAAAAAGAAUACCUGGAUGGAUACUGCUUAGCCUGCGAUAUACCUGUUGAAAACAUAAAACCUGAUUUGAUGCAACAAAUGCACGCGUCUAUCAAAGACCAGUACACGAACAUCGUCCAAGUUCUACAAGCUGAUAAUGUGACAAGAGAAAUUCCACAGGUUUACCGUGAUAAUUUGGAACUGGAUAUUCAGGGUGGGAUGGUAAACAGGACAAUCACUGUAGCCCGGGAUUUAUUAAUACAAAUCCAGUGCCUCAAUUUGGUUAGAAAGGUCCUGGAAAAUGAAAUUCUUCUCGGUGACUACAUUGCAGAAAUUAAGGCUGCUGGUACCAAAGGACUGAAUACACUUUUCUGGGCUUUCGGCAAUAUUGUCGAAAGGGCCACCGAAAUAGAUAAGAAGCAAAUUUCUCGUUUUCUGUUAUACCUGGUUUUGAGUGGUGACAUCGAUGGGCUUGCUAGCAAGAUUUUAGAAGAUGUUAAUUUCAGAGGAUUAUUUAAUGAGAAUGAAUUGCUGGAAGUUAUGCGCGAGGCUGAACAGAAGGGUGUUGAAAUCCCAGAUUUAUUAAUGGAUAAUGAGUGGGGUAUUCAACCCGUGACUUACACACAGAACUCAAGAAUGGACAUAGGAAGUUUGGAACAACGAAUAAUUCUGUCCUACAAUCCGCAUGAAAUACGUGAACUCUUGAUUCGUCUUGCAAGUCUGAAUCCCAGAAAUCCAUUAUGGCGUCUAAAUAACUGUUGGGAAUUGCCAAUUCCUCUCCAAAGUGUUGCAAUGUCAUUACCCAGAGGUUUGCUACAGGACUAUUCAUAUGUACUGUUAGCGAAGAGUCGCGAGCUCGUUACAUCCAAAGAUUUUGUCGGCGCUAAAGAAAUGCUCAACGUCUUGGAACGAGAAGCACAGUUACUCGUUGCUGGUGGAAAUAGUUUAAUCUUAAAAUUGUGUCAACUCGUAGCAUGGGAGGUCCUGCUGAUUGAAAUACUGCACUGUCUUUAUGUUUGGCCAGCUAGUGAAGUUUGUGAUAUGCAAACUUUAGUUGGAAAGUGCAAACAGUGCCUUGGUGCUCUGCAAGCCACAGACCAAGUUAUUCCACGGCAAGAGAUAAUAGAAUAUUGCACUAUCUUCUUGUUGAACAUGGCUGAGUGGGACUAUCUAACAAGUAUAGAAAAAAGGUGGAGUUACUCAGAGUUUGCAGCCGCUGUUAGUAGCGUCUGUCAAGAUAUCGUGAAAUACAAAGGAAGUAGGAAAUUUUCCAGAGAGGCAUGGGACAUGAUUUUGGUCGUCUUUGGACCCAGCCAGCAAUCACAAAAGCGCAGCAGCAGUGGAUCCAGUGCAAACAGUGCAUCGCGAGAUGCUGUUAUUGCAAUAACUGGAGCACUAAGCCGACUUCGAGAACCUACAGCUUUAACAGUGGCAACUUCCCUAUUGGCACGACUGCACAAUGUUCUACGCGACGAAUCUAGCCUCGAACUUCAUGCACAGUAUUUGAAUCUCUGGCCAGCUACUGUCCCAAAUGCUAACUCGUACAACACAAGGACUAUUGGAGAAUGUCUUUUCCAAUUGUUGACUCAAGCACUGAAAUAUUAUCCAAGUAAUAUUUCGUGGCUCAAAUUGAUGGCUGAUUUGAAUUUUGUUUUAGGAUUCCACGAAAGUGCUAUGAAAUAUUACCUCGAAGCAACAAUGGUUGCGAGCGAUUUAUUCAGGCAGCCUGUACCACGAACACAGAUCGACGACUUGGUCUAUCGUCGAAUGAUCAAGUGCUGUACCCACCUGCAAUGUUACACUCAGGCUACAGUACUCUGUCAAUUCUUGGAUGAAGUAGACUACGCUCUGGCAUUCAAGAUGAUUUCGAGCGAUCAGAAAAGUUGUGCAGCAGCAGAUGCAAUGGACGCUUACUAUCAUUGCAUAUGGGACACCACAAUUCUCGAAUUUCUCAUACACUUACAUACCAAACGUGGCGAACAUCACAGAAAACAACUCGCGAUCAAAGUCAUAGGAUUAUUGGAACUGAAUUCUAACAAUAAUGAAGAAAUUCAAAGAGAAGCUGCGAACAUUCGUAAGGCAACGUUUCUGAGAGCUCUAGCAAAACAAUAUGUGUAUUGAUCCUCUGAAUAAAUACGAAACGUUUUUUACCUUG